UUUAACUUUAAUCUUAGUGAUUGCCGUAAUAUUUUUUGUAGUUGCAGAUAUAAUCCUUGCACUUUUAGUUAAACUAGUUAUGCCCAAGUAUAUAAAUGAGGAGGGCUGGUAUUCUGCUGAUGGAUCAGAUUAUAAUUUUGAUGACGCAGCUGAAACUUGUCCUUGUUUAUACAGAAUUUUUCUAUAUGGAACCGAGGAAAAAAUUAAAUUCAGAUCCAUAGACAAAAAAGCUCGCCGACAAAGAUCCUUAAAUGACAUCUAUACUGCAGACAUGGAAAAAUAUCCUUACUUAGCAUCCUUAAGCAUUGCUGCCUUCAAUGACGAUCCUAAGGAGAAAAUAUUCGUUUGUAAUGGUUUGAUUGAAUCAGCUGAAUGGCUCUUAACAAGCCAAAGCUGUAUAGAUCAUGAUUCAGAUUGGUGCAAUUUAACCGUACGGUCUAUGAGUCCAUUUUGGUCGCAUCUUGGACAUGAACAUGAUGUUGUUGAUGUUGUGAAACAUUCCAGUGGCCUAGUGCAAUUGAAAGUUUGGCCAGAAUUUGCAGAAGCCGCUGUGCCCUCACCCCCCAUUAAAUAUCCUUUUAGUGGUAAUUGGACUUAUGCUGUUUCUUUUGGAUGGAAUGACAAAAUGUAUCAAGAAAGCCUGAAUUUCAGACAAAAAUUUAAAAGGUUUCAUGUUGAAGAAUGGACUUCAAUAAAUUCUGGUUCGCAGUCCAUACAAGUUUGCAAGAGAUGUGAAAAAUUUUCUAGCAAACCCGUACUGACAAGUUGUCAUCAAUUAAUUGCCAUGGAAUCCUUUGGCAGAAAUAUGUGUAAUGGAUUUGUAGAUCCAAAAACAAAUUUUGUUCAGAAAUUGGAUGCAAGUGAUGAGUGUUUCCUGAUAUAUAGAGAUACUCAUAAAUUUAAUGACAUAGAAGUCUGUCAGAGUCAGAUACAAGUUGAAAGACUCUUUCCUUAUGAUUUGAAUAAAAGUGAAAGUAGUUUGAACUCCUAGUUUUAAAGAAGAAUCAGCUAUAAUUUUUAGUUUCUCUGCAUGAUAUAGAAAAUUACAAGUCGACCAACUCCGCUUAGUAACUGACCUUAAUAAUUAGUCCAUAUUAGUUAUUAGUUAUGUGUGUUGUAGGCAAUACUU